CUUCAUUUCAAACCGUCCGAUCUCAAACGUGAUCGAAUCAAACGGUGGUCAUUGUUUUAAUGCAGAAUCGCUUCGGUGCAGCUUCAUCUCCUUCCUGAGUAGGAAUCAAAGCACACACAAACCAUUUCUCUUUCUUUCUUUCUUCAACCAAAAUCUACCAAACCCUAAUUCACCAAAAUUCGAUUCUUCAUUUCCAAAAUUCUUCCUCAAAUCCACACUUUCUGAAAUCCAGAUCGCUUUUAUCCUUCCUCCCAUCGGAUUCGCAAUCUUUUUCUGUUUCUGGAUCAUGAAGAAAGAGGAGAUCAAACCCGACAUUGAGAAAAUUGGGAACGAAAUUGAAGAUACUGAACCCAUAGAACUCGUUCUCUUUCAAGUGCCCGAGUGUUAUGUCUACAUAAUACCUCCAAGAAUGACUGCAGCUUCUUAUAGGGCUGAUGAAUGGGAUGUCAACAAAUGGACAUGGGAAGGGAUAUUGAAAGUAGUUAGCAAGGGAGAAGAAUGCAUCAUAAAACUAGAAGAUAAGAACACGGGUGAAUUAUAUGCUCGGGCAUUUUUAAGAAAUGGAGAGCCGCACCCUGUGGAACCUGUUAUUGACAGUAGCAGGUAUUUUGUUCUUCGCAUAGAAGAGAACAUAGGUGGCCGUCUUCGGCAUGCUUUUAUUGGCAUAGGAUUCCGAGAAAGGACAGAGGCUUAUGACUUCCAAGCUGCCUUGCACGAUCAUAUGAAAUACCUGGACAAAAAGAAAACUGCAGAAGAGAUGGAACAACAUUACCAGCACAGCUCCUCAGUUGAUUAUAGUUUGAAAGAAGGAGAGACUCUUGUGCUGCAAAUCAAGAACAAUAGAAGUGGCGGCAAUGUGAAGUCCAAGUUUUUCGAGCAGGGUGCAAACAACUCCUCGGAAGAAAAGAGUGAGAAAAAAGAAUCUGUACUAUGUAUUAAGUUACCACCACCUCCUCCAUCACCAGGUUCACCUGUUACCCCGCAGAAGUCUCCAACAGACUCGCCUACAAAAUUCAGCCUUGAGAAAACUGCUGAAGUUGAGACCUCUAAAACAGUUAAAGCAGAAACAGAACACAAAAAUUCUGCUGGAAACCAAAAUACACAGGAUGUAGUAGAUGAUGAUUUUGGUGAUUUUCAAGCAGCUGUUUAAAUACAUAUCCAUUAUAAAGUUUGAAUUUGUGAUGAUUAGGAAACAUGCAGAACUGUGGAUACCUUGUUUAUCUGGUAUAUCACAGAUUGCUGAUUCAGUUUGGAGAUUGAAUUAUGUCAUAGCCUACAAAAUAUCAUUUAGAAUCAACCUAUAUAUGUUUGUUUAAUCGGUUGGUGGGUUAUCUUAGUUGCACUGCGGGCUAGUAGUAGUGGUAUGAGAGCUUUUGCUUUCUCUCGAGUCACUUUAGUUUUAUGCCUUGUUUACAUUUCUCAUAGCUUGGCAAUGCCUCAAUAGUUAUUUGGUAUCAAUCAGGGGUUCAUUAGUU